AUUUCAACUGCUUCGAAACAGAAAAAAACCGCCAAACCAAAGACCGCUCUCUCAUGGCUAACUCAUCGCUCCUCACUCUGUUCCUCAUCCUCUCCAUCAUCUCCACCACCAACGCCGCCGUCAACUUCACUAGGCCCACCACUUCCACCACCAUCAACUCCACAAUGCCCACCACCAAUACCAACACUACCGCCACCGCUGGUGCCGUCAGCUCCACCAUGCCCACUGCGGCCGUCAACUCCUCAAUAUCUACCGCCAACGCUAACACCUCCACCACCGGUGUCAAAUCCACGAUACCCACUACAAAUACCACUGCCACCGCCGUUAACUCCACAAGACCCACCACCAAACCCACCGUCACCGCCGUCAACUCCACAAGACCCACCUACAGCAACAAUACCAUUACCCCACAAGAAUUGGACACACUCCUAGUAGCCUUGCGGUACCGCGGCUACCCUCUCUUCAGCAACGCUAUCGACACCUCCGACGUCCAAUUACAAAUGCUCUCCACAGUAGCCGACACUUCAUCGGCAUUCACUAUCUUCGCUCCAAAAGACCAUUUCCUCUACACCCUCGAUAUGGCCUCCGACGCCGAUGCUUACGUGGCCGCACUCUUGUGCCACGUCAUCCCUUCUCGCCGACUCACCAUCACCCAACUCCGCAACCUCACUUCUCCGUAUCUCGAGACCCUUUUGCCCCAUUACAGUAUCCUGGUCGGGAAGAGCAAGAGUGACGACGUUUUUGUUACAGUUGAUGGAGUUCGGGUUUCGGAUCCGGAUCUUUAUCUCGGGCCAAAAUUUGUUGUUCAUGGGUUAGACGGGAUUCUUCUGACCGGGUUUAAUAUGUACGAGGACACUCUUAGCCAUAUGGGCAAAGGAUUUUUUGCUCCGGAGAUGGGGGAAUUCGUUGGUUCUCAAGCUGGACGGAAAUCUGCGGUGGCGACGCCUAAGAAAGCGUCGUUGCCGGCGGCGAAGAUUGGAGGAUUUUCGAGAAUUAUGAGGAAGCAACGGAGACUGCAGUAUCGCCGGAUUUGGAGGAGUAAUUACAGUGUCCGGCGCAGCUAUGACGGUGGUCGUAUAGAAGACGAUUUCUAGGGGCAUUACUGUAAAUCUCGGCUUCUUCUGGGGCAAAUGUGCCUUCUUUGAAUGUUGUAACAGAAGUGAAAAUUAGUGAAAAUGUAGAAAAUGUGAAUUCCCGACUGAAUAUCAAUGAACUAUCGAUAGGUAAUUGUUGUGUAAAUUCUCAUUUUUGUUUUUGGAGAUCAG